CGCAGCCGCUGUUCAUGGCAGCAAAUCUGUACCAGUGCUGCUCCGCGAAAAUAACACAAACACAUCGACGAAGAUGUCAGAGCCUGCCGAACGCAGCGCCUCUGUCUCUUCCAUCUCCUCCAUCUCUUUGGUGGAGAUCAAGGCAGAGACUCAUCUCGUCCUCCACGCGUUCCUGGAGCGGACUCUUUCCACUCCUGAGACAGAGCGGCCCGGCAGCAUAGGAGGAGCCUACGGAGAUCACAGCAAGUUCAGCUCCAAGCCCAAGGACGGGUUGGAUUCUCAGGCUGAAGAUGACGAUAACAAGAAGUUGAGUUUCAAGGAGUUGAUAAAGCAGCUGCCUCGGAGCACCAUACGCCUCAAAAACGGAUCGCUGGGCAGAGACGGCAAAGCAAAGCAAGCAGAAGAUGCCAGACCUUCUUCCUCCUCGUCAGAUGAAGAUGACAAUGAGAAGAAUUGGAAACAGAAGCAAAGGAAGAUCAGGAAAAGACUCUCUAUGUUGUUCAAAUCGAAGGAAAAACAGAAGAAAGAAAAAGAAAAGGAGGAACCUGAUGUUCCUCCUCCAAAACCAGUGGACAUCCCUUCUCCUUGUCACCCUCCCGAGUUCUACAACGAGGUGGCAGAGAAGCUGGAAGACAUGGUGAAGUCCACCAAGAUCAGGACGCAGAUUCCUGAGCCCACGCCGUCAGCAGCCCCCUCGGGUAAAGACUCGGUGAUCCAGCGACUCGUUCAGGUGCUGUCGUCGGAGGGAGACUCCAUCAACAUGAGGAUCCAGUCGGACCCGUUCAUGCGCUCCAGCCUGGCUCGUCUGUCCUAUGCAUCGUUCUCCAGACUGCUGGACACGUUCAGCCUGGACCAGGCGGGCGUGGCCGCGGCCACGCCCCCGGCCAGCCCCACGCUGCAGCGCCUGGCCGCCACCAUGGAGGUGUCGCGGAGGAUCCUGACGGCCACGGGGACCCAGCGCCUGCAGGGCCACGCCGAGCACUACAUGGAGAACUUUGCGCCGUGGCUGAAGCAACAGGGCGGAUGGGAGAACGUGGUGGACCUGGAGGAGCCUCUGGACUACGACUGAUCUCCUGACCCUGACCCUGGACACGGAGGGGAGCGGACCACUACUGUCUGACACGGCAGAGCGGGACGGACGACUGGAGCCUCUGCUCCUCUGGACCUCUGCGUCUGCUGUCUGGUUUAUUGUCUGCUGGAGAGGCUGAGCUGAACUUCAGGUUUUUGUUUUGGUUUCACUUGGUACAGAACUGAAACCCAACUAGAAGUUCCCUUAAGCACCUUUGGUGUUGAGAACAGCGCCUUUACCCGGCUACAUGAGCCGUCUUCAGUCACGUCCUGGUUGUGGCCGGUACCAGAGCCUGUGCACAGUGUUUUAAUCUUAACUUGACGGAGAUGUUUGAUGAAACUGAACCAGAGUCAGCUGACUGAAGUUCUCAGGCCUUUCUUAGGGCCGUCAGGAAGAUCCUUGAAGUUUUAAAGUCUCAGCUCUCAGGGUGAUUAGAGGACAUUAAAGGAGCUGUUUUUACUCUUUGUUUUAGGUAAUAAUUACAGUACGUAGGUCGACUGAAGUUACCUAAGAAAGUCUCUUGACCUGUAACGUUUUUUUCAUGUUAAAUAUCAGUUUCACUUUCGUUUGAAGGACUACUUGAUUAUAUUUUGAGGAGGUGUUGGGACAAGCAGCCAAAGAAACUUUGGACUCCUGUGUGAUGGAGAAGGCAGAUUUUAACAAUCAGAUUUACAGGACUGUCUCAGAAAAUUUGAAUAUUGUGAUAAAGUUCUUUAUUUUCUGUAAUGGAAUUAAAAAAAACAUAAAUGUCAUACAUUCUGGAUUCAUUACAAAUCAACUGA